GUCGUCUUCCGUUUUCUCUGUGGCAUUAACCACCCCUCAUACUCAGGCACUGCACAUUAUUGCGCAACAGCGUGGCCUCCGCCUCCUCGCACGCGUCUCUGACCAGACUAGUCCGGCCACUCAUCCAUCCAGCCUUUGCUCCAACUGCACUGCAGCACUAUCCGCAGCGUAGCCGUCGCAGAGCAGCGAUGUUUUCUUGCAGAGCAGCCUGGCAAAGGUGUGGGCCUCUGGCGCGGAGAGCAGCCUGCAGGUUGCCCCGGGAUGUUGUGCAGCGGCGACCAAUGUCUUCAGUUCCUGGUGGGUCUGGGGAGAACAUAGUCUACACUCUGCUGUGUGGCGGAGCCUUGGUUGGUGCUGUCGCAUACGCAUACAGCACUGUGUCCACAGACAGCGCCAGGUUCAAUGAUCGCAUUGCAGAAAUCAAAGCCAGACCCAAGACAGAUUGGGCACCUAAACCAUGGCCACCUAAGAGCAGGGACGAAGAAGAGGCUGGAGAGGAGGAGGAGGCCGCUGGAGAGGCUGAGGUUGGCGAAGAGGAGGUUGCCGCCGAUGUUGAGGCCGAGUCCGUCGUCGAGGCAGUCGCCGAGGAGGCAGAGGCCGUCGUCGAGGCCGUCGCCGAAGCGGUCGCGGAGACUGCCGAGGCCGUCGCUGAGUCGGCCGAGGCCGUCGCCGAGGUUGCGCACGAAGUGGAGGCGGUCGCAGAAGAACUGGCUCACGUGGCCGAGGCGGUCGAGGAGACAGCCAAGGCUAUCGCAGAACCAGCCGCCGUUGCUGCCGAGGAGCCCAAAAGCAACGUGCUGCUGGCAGCCGUCUCUGCUCUAGAGGUACCAAAGAUAACUCAAGAGUUGACAAUUGCUGUUGAAGACGUCAAAGAAUCAGUGGCGCCAGUAGAGGCACAGCCAGUUGGAGAAAUUGCACCAGUUGAGGAGGCUACUAAGCCGGCAGAAGAGGCCCCUGCACAUGUAGAAGAAGCACCUGUACCAGUAGAGAUUGCACCAGCAGAGGAAUCUGCCGCCGAGGUUGUUGAAGAGGCUUUGGCACCAAUGGAAGCUGAGCCAGUGGUUGAAGAUGUCCCAGCAUUAGUAGAGGCUGAGCCAGUGGUUGAAGAUGUCCCAGCAUCAGUAGAGGCUGAGCCAGUGGUUGAAGAUGUCCCAGCAUCAGUAGAGGCUGAGCCAGUUGUUGAAGACGUCCCGGCACCAGUAGAGGCUGAGCCAGUGGUUGAAGACGUCCCGGCACCAGUAGAGGCGGAGAAAGUUGUUGAAGACGUCCCAGCACCAGUAGAGGCUGAGCCAGUGGUUGAAGACGUCCCGGCACCAGUAGAGGCUGAGCCAGUUGUUGAAGACGUCCCAGCACCAGUAGAGGCUGAGCCAGUGGUUGAAGACGUCCCAGCACCAGUAGAGGCUGAGCCAGUUGUUGAAGACGUCCCAGCACCAGUAGAGGCUGAGCCAGUGGUUGAAGACGUCCCGGCACCGGUAGAGGCGGAGACAGUUGUUGAAGACGUCCCGGCACCAGUAGAGGCUGAGUCAGUUAUUGUAGACGUCCCAGCACCAGUAGAGGCUGAGCCAGUUGUUGAUGUCCCAGCACCAGUAGAGGCUGCGCCAGUUGUUGAAGAGGCCCCAGCACCAGUAGAGGCUGCGCCAGUUGUUGAAGAGGCCCCAGCACCAGUAGAGGCUGCGCCAGUUGUUGAAGAGGCCCCAGCAUCAGUAGAGGCUGAGCCAGUUGUUGAAGAGGCCCCAGCAUCAGUAGAGGCUGAGCCAGUUGUUGAAGAGGCCCCAGCAUCAGUAGAGGCUGAGCCAGUUGUUGAGGCUCCAGCACCAGUAGAGGCUACGGACGUGGUAGGAGAGGCCUCAACUCCAGUGGAACCAGUCGUCACAACAGUUGUGGAAGAAGUCGCAGCAACCCCUGCUGUGGAAGUAGCCACCGCGGUGAUGGUGGAAGAAGCAGCUGCAGAGACCCUGGAAGAAGGUCCCAAGAGAGAGUACAUUGUUGUGGUUCUGGAAGGAACACCGAAAGCUGAAAAAAGGCCAAAGGUGCUUGGAAUAGGGCCCAUGACUGGAAGAACCAUCCCAGCUCCAGAAGAGGAUGAAGCCCCUUCUUCUGAGGGUAGGCGACGUCUUCUUAGGAUGCAAAUGCAGUAGUUCCAAAUAAGUAAACAGCUCCCGAAUGAUGACUUUCUAUCCUGCAGAAGAAGAGGAUGUGCCUUUCUCGAACACUUUCCCUUUCUCCCUUCACCCAUAAAUAUGCAAGCGACUAAAAUGUAGUUUCAGUGAAAAGAUACACAUACUUUAAAUCAACGCCUGCUUUAUGGAACCACCCUUCCUCACAUAUUAGCGGUGCCCAUAUGGCCCAUUACUGUGACACUCCACACUGACUUGACUGUAUAGUCCCAGCUGAGCUCAGUCAGUAGUUGAACAGAUCUCUGGUUUAUCAUGUAGUAACCUCCAAUAAGUUCUUGUAACUUCUGUGAAUUGUAACCCGUUUACUUCUGUAGCCAAAACUGAGCCAUUCAUUCACCGUAUUUUUUGUAUUGUACCGUUACAGUGUUCACUGCCUCAGAAAUCACUCAGGUGGAAUACCUUGAUACUCAUCGCAUCCUGUUGACCCAGGCUCUGCCCAGCCACUUAGUGUUAUAUUGUAAAGAAGCGAGGCCUGUUUUUAAUUCACCAGCAUUCUUUUCAAUACCCAGCCUCAGGUUUUUCUCUAAAAAACUUUAGUUUUUGUUUCAUGAAGAAAGACCCUUUCUACCUCACCGUGUUUUUAGUCUUUAAAAUGACACCAUGAACCUCUUCUUGAUGCAGUCACAGUGUUACAGUUCCUAAGCCAACAACACAGUUGCUAAGCUGCUGACUUCAAAAAUCACAUUCUUACUUUUAAGAAGCUGUAAUUUGAUCACCUAAACUUAUCAAACUAAAUAAGCAGGCAUUUGUGGAUUGUCCUUUUAAUUGUCUUCCUUUUUAGUUUGAACCGCUUUAUUUUCUAGACAAUGUCAUGAUUAUAUAGUGAAUGUAUAACAUUUGGGACAUCCUCUGGUAUUAUGUUGCAAUCUUUCAAACUUUGGCUUAUAUUCUAUUGAUAAUGCAACAGUCCUUGUAUCAUGUGUAUCCACAGCUCCUCCUUAGCCAUUGGUAUAGAUGUGAGGGUUGGAUAAGGAAAGUAAGUGGAUAAGUAGCAGCAUGUUGUUUCACUCUUUGCUUUUCUGUCCUUUGGCAGAGCUUUUCUUGUCUUGUUCUAGCAGUCCGGUCUGCGUGGAUGUAUAAUAUAAAGGCUUGCAGCAAGUAUGAACCGUAAUGAUGCUGAUGUGCUGGUGUGACAUGAAAUGUGCGUGUGUUUUUGGAAGCGUUGCAGUAUGUCUGACGUAAAGUCUCCAGUGUGAAAAGCUUUGACAAGUUGGUUGUAGUUCUGUCUUUAACUUCUUUCAGAUUUUCUCGCCUCCACUCUCGGGUUUUCGGCCUUUGUUAGCUUGGUGUACGCUAUUUAAAAGGGAUCACUGAGGGGGGAAAUGAAUUUACCAGUUAGUAUGGAUUUAAAAAGGGGAAUGAUUUUAUUCUGAGGUUUCUAUGAUAGGAUGCGGGUGGAUGCCUUUGACUAGCAAAGGACAGAAACUGAUUGUUUCACGUUAGUUUUUCCUGUUUUUGCAAAAUAAAAAGGGAUUAAACUUGA